AUGGUCUGGUUACAAAGUGGAAAGACCUUGGAACCUAAGGAAGUUGAUAUUGAAGAUGGCCUCGCUAACAAAGAGAAAGUUCAAUUGCAAGGUGAAACUCCCACUCCACAAAAGCUGAAUGUUGAAAACUCUGAUGAGUUCAAGAAGUUCCUAGAUGUUCUCAAGAAGCUUCUUAUCAAUAUCCCAUUGGUAGAAGCCCUAGAACAAAUGCCAAACUAUGUCAAGCUCAUGAAGGCUAUUUUGUCCAAGAAGAGGAGACUUGGAGAAUUCGAGGUUGUAGCAUUGACGAAGAACUGCAAUGCAUUCUUACAGAAUAAGUUACCCUUGAGGAAGAAAGAUCCAGGGUGCUUUACCAUUCUCUACAAUAACGGAGAAUCUUAUUGCGAUAAAGCCCUAUGUGAUCUAGGAGCGAGCAUAAACUUGAUGUCCAUGUCUGUGUUCAGAAAGUUGGGUAUAGGUGAAGUGAGAUAA